UAUGUAAAGCUGUUCCUCCUCCUCCUGGCAAGCCUUCUCAAAAAACAUGGCUGCUCUCAUGGGUCUCAGGCGAGAAUUAUUUUCUCUGGCAAGGAUACUGACCGGAAUCUCACAUUUGGGUCCGAGAUUGGGCGCCUGCUCAGGGCACCGAAAAUGUAAUACAACCAGCUCCCAUUUCCCACUGACAUCCAGCACUUCCUUUCACACAGCGACAGUGUUUUCAUCUGUAGCUUCAUCGAUCCAGGUCACAGAAGAGCCCGACACACUGUUUCAGAAGGUUUCUAUUAUAGUCAAAGGUCAUGACAGAGCUGUGCUGGACAGUUAUGAGUUAUUCGCCACCAUGGCAGCUAAAGAGCUGAGUAUCACCAUCAGCAAAGUUUAUGAACCUCCCAGAGAUGUGGAGAGGUUGACACUCCUGAAGUCGGUACACAUCUUCAAAAAACACAGGGUCCAGUAUGAGAUGAGGACACACUACCGGUGCAUUGAAUUGUCUCAUUUAACGGGCUGCACAGCACAAGUAUACCUUGAAUACAUUCAGAGGAACCUCCCUGAAGGUGUAGCCAUGGAGGUGACAAAGACCGCCAUAGAGAAGGUUCCAGAUCACAUCCUGGAACCCACGUGGAAGGACCAUCCCAUUGAUGACAAGCCCAGUCAGUGAAUGCAGUGAUGAGCAGCAGAUGAUAAUUGGAUGUCUUCUUUAAGGCAUUACUGAAUAUGCUGAGUAAUGAGGAGGAGAGUAAAAUGUAAUACUGAUAUGUGCUUGUCAUGGAUGCCUGAACUGCUUGUCAUGUUAUUCAAAAGAGACAUUCAACAAAGCUGAUACAGAGGUCCUCUUCAGCCAGUGUCAGCAUGUAACAGUGACUUUGUGUGCUGAUAAUUUUCAUGUAUUUAUGUGGCAAACUGUGGAGAUAAUUGUUUUUUUCACCCCAAUAAACAACAACUUCUCAAUUUAUUGACAACUAA